AUGAAACCCACAGAUAUGAAAAAGCCUUUAUUAGUAUACAAAAAAGCUCUCAAAUAUGUAGCGUCACACCCCAGCCUUCAGCUACACGACGCUGCAGUACGCAAAGAAAAUAGGGUUGUCCCAGUAAACGCAGUGACAGUGAAUGCUGUUACUACAGAUCACACGAUGUAUCGCCCUCAGAAUGUCAGAAAUAUACAUUGUCAGAGCCUUGAUGGACACGGGGCAGGGGUAUCUCUUGUAUCGCGUGACGUUGUAGACAAACUUAAAAAGAAACACAUUACUCCAACAAAUAAGGUAAUUCGCAAUGCGAGUGGAGAUGAAAUGUUGACUUCAGGAAAGACUAAGCUAACUUUGACAAUUGGAGGUAAGAUAUACACACAUGAUUUUGUGAUCAGUGAAGAUAGAGCCUUGCCAUCACAGAUAAUAAUAGGUUUUGACUUUAUGAAAAGAUAUAAUGUGAAUCUAAAUACCAAACCUCUGCAAUUAUAUAUUGAAGGAAGGAGAAUUGUUAUUGUAGAAAUACCCAUGAUGCAUGCCAUCAUGAUAACUGAGAGAAGUGAAAAGGAAGCAGUAACAAAUGAAUCAAAGGAUAAUCCCAGUUAUAAAUGCUCAGUAGCUCAGACAUCAAUAUUACAAGGAGUACGAGUGAGUUAUGUGACCUUAGAAACAAAGUUAGUGGAUAGUGAUAUCGCUAUAUUCGAGCCAGUUAAAGGAGUUAUAGGGUCUCAGUUUUUAUGUCCAGGUUUAGUGAAAUUAGAAAAUGACAUGGAGAAGAAGAAAUCUAGGUUUGUGGUGAGGUAUAUAAAUUUCUCGAGUGAACAUGUGCCGUUAGAGCCAGGGAAAACAUUAGGCUACUUACAGUCAUGUCAGAGUGAGGUUCUGCCAAGCGGGAGUGAUGAAUAUACAGUGAAUGGUGUGACAGAAGAAAAUGAAACAGAUAAAAUGAAGGCCUUUUCAGAAAUCAUUAAUCACAUGUAUCCUGAGGGAACAAGGAAAAAUCAAAUAUUGAAAGAAUUAGUUGUUAAAUACUCCUCUGUCUUUGCUAGUGAUGACGACAUUCCAAGUAUAUCACCCUUUUUCUAUCACACCAUUCAGUUACAGUCCAGACCUACGUCCAAGAAACCUUAUCCCAUCCCAGCUUGUUUUUAUGAUAAGACUGUGGGGCUAUGCAUGGGAUACGUUCAAGCCUGGGAUGUACCCCAAAGCUCACCUCCUCAACAAGGGAUGAGUUUCUCCCAAGACCAUCAACUACUUGUAACUGGACAAGCUUAUGUGGUGCCUUUUUUGUUGAAAUUGGAGGAUAUCUAUGAGCCAAUUAAAAAAGCCAUCAAUAUCACUCAGAAUAUAAUAUAUAAUUUAGAUGAAAUUGCAGGAGAUGAUUUUAUCAUCAAUCAGAAUAUGAUAUAUAAUUUAGAUGAAAUUGAGGGAGAUGAUUUUAUCUUGUUUACCUCUUUGAUUUCUCAGCAUAUCCUGGCUUUUCAAGAAAGAUUAAAAAUUUGCAUGCUUCAAUGCAGGAUUUCCUAA